AGCUGCCCCUGCCUGUGCUGUCCGUAGCAAAUCCAGAACUGCGAAGAUCGCAAGCAAAGCAAACUUUUUUUUUUUAUCGACGUGCUCCCAACUGGCCAGCCACAACAAACACCCUCUCCCGUUUCAUCCCCACACAUCAUGAGAUACAUUUGAUACUACAGCUCUACUAGUGCUGCCGCUACUCAUGGCGCUGAUAGCCAUACGCGCAUGUGUGCAAGUGCAAUGCAACCCAGCUCCCACAAAAAAGUCACAGCUAGCUAGCCAUCGAUAGCUCUCGGCGUCUCGCUCACAUAGACCCUAGCAAAGCGAAGCACCGCGUUGCAUGCGCCCAGCUGCUGCUGCUCACCGCGCCACAUCGCAGCUGCAGUAGAAGUAGAUCAGAGAGAGGCGGAGACAGAUCGAGAUAGAGAGGACUAGAGGAGGAGGAAGAAGCAGCAAUGGAGCAGCAGCAGGAGCGGCCGCGGGAGGUGUACAGGGAGUGCAUGCGCAACCACGCGGCGAAGCUGGGGACCUACGCGAACGACGGCUGCUGCGAGUACACCCCCGACGACGGCCACCCGGCGGGCCUGCUCUGCGCGGCGUGCGGCUGCCACCGCAACUUCCACCGGAAGGACUUCCUCGACGGCCGCGCCACCGCCGCCGCCGGAGGGGCGGGAGGCGCCGGCGUCGGCGUCGCGCCAAUGCUGCCGGCCCCCGGUGGAGGCGGGCCGCCGGGAUACAUGCACAUGGCGGCGAUGGGAGGAGCGGUGGGCGGCGGCGGCGGCGUCGACGGCGGCGGCGGCUCCGGGGGGAGGCGGCGGACGCGGACCAAGUUCACGGAGGAGCAGAAGGCGCGGAUGCUGCGGUUCGCGGAGCGGCUCGGGUGGCGGAUGCCGAAGCGGGAGCCCGGCCGCGCGCCCGGGGACGACGAGGUGGCGCGCUUCUGCCGGGAGAUCGGCGUCAACCGGCAGGUCUUCAAGGUGUGGAUGCACAACCACAAGGCCGGCGGCGGCGGCGGCGGCGGCGGCAGCGGCGGCCCCGGCGCCGGUGGAGGCGCCCAGACGUCGUCGUCGACGACCAGGGGCGGCGGCGACGUCGGGGUGGGCUUGUCGCCGGCGAUGGGCGGCGACGGCGAGGACGACGAGGAGGUGAGGGGGAGCGAGAUGUGCAUGUAGGAGCCACGUACUUACGUAAUGCAGGCAGCAUUGCAAAUUUGCAAUUGCAUUGCUAGGGUGGGAUAAUUCACAAUUUAAUUAACUCUCUCUUUUUUUUUGCUAAUUUCUUUUAUUUUUUGCUUCCCUGAGUUGAUUCUUGCUGAUGAGAUUGAUUGUUUUAACGGUGCCACUAAUUAAUUGUGUGUUAUUAUGAUCAUUCAUUGGUCAAUCGAUUUUGUUGUAACACUCAAAGGAGAUGCUUCAUAAUUUCUCCUCUUAUUUCCCUGUAUA